AUGUCUGAUAAACCCGAAGGGCACAAACACAGGCGCUCUCGAAGCUCAAUAGCACUUGCCCUCCUCCAUCGUGACAAGUCCAGGGGCGAAGACAAAGACCCCGAUGAUAGCGGAGACACCAACUCGGUCGCCUCCGCCUCCUCAAGCCCCAGCUCGUUGAAACACACCCGCAGCAGCAGCCGCCACAGCCGUCGCAAACAAGGCCAAGACUUGAGUCCGCCACCGGCCAUUCAAGAAUCCGCCGAGGACAUGGACCCAGUGGAAGACUUGCCUUCCUUGAACCAAAUGGAGGCCGGCAGCAUGUCACUCGAGCAGUCCGUUCGCACCUUUCGUCUCUUCGAGAUCUUGCGCAGCGGUGAUACCACCGCCAUCUCCAAGGCCAUUAAGGAUACUACCGACCCGCAGGGCGUGAGUGCUCUCAACGGCACGACCGUCCUCCAUUUGGCUCUGCAGUGUGCCGAACCCCAAGUCGUGGAAUAUGUGCUGUCCACCGCGGAGGACCUGGAUAUCAACUCGCGAGAUCGGGAUGGAAACACGCCACUUCACAUUGCCGCCCAACUGGGCCGGGCCCCGCUCGUUCGCGAAUUGUUGAACCGUCCAUCUAUCAACGAUUCUAUUGUCAACUAUCGGGGUCAGACGGCUCUCGAUUUGGCCCGUACCCCUGAAAUCUUCCAGCAACUGCAACUUGCGCGGUCUCUCUUCAUUGAUAGCAAGAACCAGGAAAUCCAGGCUUUGAUUGGAAAAUCUGAUUAUAAGGGCUUGGAAGCUUUACUCGAGGAACCUCGAGUGGAGGGUAUCAUGGAUGUGAACAGCUACGAUCUGGUUACCGACCUGACGACAGCCCAUUCCGGUGGCACGCUUCUGCACGAGGGUGCUAGAAAUAAAGAUGCGCAGCUCAUCGAAAUCCUUCUGACACAUGGCGCGGAUCCUUUCCGUCGUGAUAAGAAGGGGAAGCUACCGCAGGAUGUUACCAAAGAUGAUAAAACCCGCGCUCUCUUGAAGAGAUCACCCGCUGCUGUUAUUGCUCAGCGCGGUAUCCAGGAAAGGGCUAUUCUCGGAAAUAGUAAUGCCCAAGGCCUUGCCGGUCGCGUUUCGGUUGGCGAUGCACCGCUUGCAGGUAAGGACGCCCGCGAGAUGAGAGGCUAUCUCAAGAAAUGGACGAAUUACACAACGGGGUACAAGUUGCGCUGGUUCGUUCUGGAGGAUGGAGUCUUGAGUUAUUAUAAGCAUCAGGAUGAUGCAGGCUCUGCCUGUCGCGGUGCGAUCAACAUGAAGAUUGCUAGACUUAACAUGGAUGCGCAGGACAAGACGCGCUUUGAAAUUCACGGGAAGUCAUCGGUCAAAUACCACCUCAAGGCCAACCAUGUUGUAGAGGCAAAACGCUGGUUCUGGUCUCUCAACAAUGCUAUCCAGUGGGCUAAGGAUGAGGCGAAGGAGGAGGAGCGUCAGCGGUCGAAGAAUGCGGAGGUGCUUCGCCAGGCUAAGAUCGAUCAGACAGAAGGACGCCCUACGGAUGCACCAUCGGAGUCUGGCCUUUCUCACAAGCCCAGCACAAGGGGUCUCGCUCCUCCAUCUUUGGGCGGUGGUAGCAGCACUGAUGGAGAGGGCGAGGAUGAAGAAUUCAUCGACUAUGGUUCAAGCCACGAGAAUGAGAUGCCAGCCGCUGAUAAGGAUGCUCUCAAUAUCACCGCACAAUCUGCGAAGCUUCAGUUGGAUCUUCUUGCAAAUGUGGCUGCCUCGCUACAGGCCGAGAAAUCCAAAAAUCCGGAAAUGACCAUCGCGGAUCCAGCCCUGGAACAGGCCCUUGGUGCCUAUGAAGCUGCAGUCAGCAGCCUCAAGGGUCUAGUGCAGAAUCUGCUCAAGAUCUCACGGGACCGAGACUCUUAUUGGCAGUCUCGUCUCAGUAGAGAGGAGGCCAUUCGUCAGAUGUGGGAAGAAAGCAUGGCACGUGUGGCCCGCGAGCAUGAGGAGCUGCAAUCCAAGAUGGGCGAGUCUGAAGAGAAGCGGAAGCGGACCAAGCGAGCUCUGAAGGAAGCCCUGGAGAGCGCAACAGGCAGUAGCCGUUCUAUCGCCGGUGGGACUCCCCAUUUGACAACAGACAACCAGAAUCUUGAGGACAGCCAAACUGAAGCUGGCGUCACCGAGGCGAUAAAUGAGGGAGCUCAGCCUGCACAGAAACUAUCCACGAUACCCGCACUCAGUCGCAACCCAUCGACCUACUCCAAGCUCAGUAGUCUCUGUGGUUCAGAGUCGGACGGAGAAGAAUUCUUCGAUGCUAUUGAUGCUGGUGAAAUCGAGGUGGAGGACUUGAAUGCCGAGAAGGACAAUAUAGAACAACCUAAAGAUGAGAGUGCUGAGCUUCGGGCUGUGAAGAGUACUAUCAUUGCACCCUCCUUCAAGGGCUAUGAGGAUCCCAUUAGAGAGCGACUUAAGAUGGAUGCUGAUGAUCGGCCAAAGAUCUCCUUAUGGAGCAUCCUGAAAUCUAUGAUUGGAAAGGACAUGACGAAGAUGACACUCCCGGUAUCCUUCAACGAACCAACUUCACUGCUUCAGCGAGUAGCUGAGGAUCUUGAAUAUACUGACCUCCUUGAUAUCGCUGCCGGUCGGACCGAUUCAAUGGAACGCCUGGUAUACGUCGCCUCGUACGCUGCAAGUGAAUAUGCCUCGACCAUUGGCCGUGUCGCAAAGCCCUUCAACCCUCUUCUAGGUGAAACCUUCGAGUAUGUGCGUCCGGACAAGGGCUAUCGAUUCUUUGUGGAGCAAGUCAGCCACCACCCACCGAUUGGAGCUGCGUGGGCCGAGUCGCCCAAAUGGGACUACUGGGGUGAAUCCUCCCUCAAGUCCAAGUUCUACGGCAAAUCCUUCGACAUUAACCUACUGGGCACAUGGUUCCUGAAGCUGCGACCUUCCACCGGCGGAGAAGAACUUUACACAUGGAAGAAGGUGACCUCGUCGGUCAUCGGCAUCAUCACCGGUAACCCCACAGUGGACAACUACGGUCUGAUGGAAAUCAAGAACUGGACCACCGGCGAAGUUUGCUACCUUGACUUCAAGCCCCCGAAGGCUCCCCCAAGUGGAGCAUUGGUGGUCGCUGGAACGAUAAGAUCUACGCUCGCCACACCCCCCGGCUUUGAGGCGCCUGUCUCCGGCCAGGAUCCCGAGUCUGCCAAGACCUUUUUGGUCUGGCAGGCUCAUGCUCGUCCUACUGGUAUACCUUUCAACCUGACUCCAUUCGUCAUCACGCUCAAUGCUCUCCCCGAGUCCCUGAAGGAGUGGCUCCCUCCUACCGAUACCAGGCGGCGACCCGACCAGCGUGCUAUGGAAGAUGGCGAAUAUGAUUUGGCUGCUGAUGAGAAGCACCGUGUGGAAGAGAAGCAGCGUGCCAAGCGCAGAGAACGCGAAACCAACGGCGAGGUCUACGCGCCGCAAUGGUUCACCCGUGACAAGUGUCCUAUUACCGGGGAGGAAUUCUGGGCUCAUAAUGGAAAAUACUGGGAGUCCAGAGAUGCGCAGGAUUGGAGUCGAUCCGAGGAUAUCUUCUGA